CGUACAGUUCAUCGAGUCCACAGUACUGGAUUUUUUCGAUUCCCAGAAACUUGUAUCUGUUAUCAAACCGCAGUUCAAAGAUCAUUGAAUACUUAGUAACCAAUCUAUUCGUAUUUGUUGCAGUAUGAGGUUCCUGAAGUGGUGUAUGUUUUGGAUAGUUCUGAACUAUUUCCAGAUUCCGACUAGUUCUGAUUUUACUACACCAGGUCUGGGGGAAAAGUUUGAGGACUAUGGAAUCACGGAAGACUCUGAAAUCACGGAGGAUUUCACCAACACGGAGGCUAGUUUCUUGUCUGAAGAAACUACGAAGUAUCCAGCGAAUUUAUCUCUUACUUUGAAGAUGGCUACUGAAUGUGAAACACCAAACCAUGAUGUUGGAUAUUGCGUUGGCAUAAAACAGUGCACCAAACUCUACAAACAACUGAACAAUCCGGAUGCGAAGGCAUUUUUGAGGGAAUCGAUGUGUGGUCCAGCUAAUGAGGAUAAGAAGAAUCCUAAAGUUUGCUGUGGGAAAUAUGAUAAUUCCAAAUCGUCUCGUAGAAAUGUCGUUCCAGUUGAAGAUAACAAAAUAUUUCCUAAAGAGUGCGGCCGUCAGAAAAUGGUCAUUAGAGGUCGUAUCUUCGGUGGAACGCAGGCAAGCCUAGGAGAAUUUCCUUGGAUGGCUAGACUGUUGCACAAAAACAAGUAUGGAUACAAAUCCUACGGAUGUUCUGGAUUCCUGAUCCACUCGAAAUAUGUAUUGACGGCUGCUCACUGCAUUCACAGUAAUUUCACAAAAAUCAGAGGACCUGUGUUCUCUGUCGUGUUGGGCGACCACACUAGCAAUACAAAAAUAGAUUGCAGCCCCAACGGAGUAUAUUGUGCGGAUGCCCCUCAGAUCAGCCGGGCUGCCAAAGUAAUCGUACACCCCAAAUACGAUCCCCAAUCGAAUGCUCACUAUAACGAUAUAGCUCUUGUUCAUUUGAAUAAGGGCGCUCGAAUGACAGAAUAUGUGAAACCCAUUUGCCUUCUGAGUGAUCCAAAUGAAGUAGCAAGCAAAUAUUUUUUAAGUGGAUGGGGAAAAACUGAAACUGAGCAAGUGAGCAGAACUAAAAUGAAAGUCGACAUUCCCCCAUACGACAAACAGAAUUGUCAGGAAAAAUACUCCCUUUGGGGUAUCAGAAUCGCGGAUACCCAGCUCUGCGCAGGAGCUGAAGGAGGCAAAGACAGCUGCACUGGUGACUCUGGAGGUCCCCUGAUGAUGACGCCCAACGGAACCGUGUGGUUCGCUGCUGGAAUUGUCAGCUACGGAAUCGGUUGUGGUCUAGAGGGAUGGCCAGGAAUCUACACCAACAUCCCCAGCUUCAUCCCGUGGAUCAAAGAACAGAUAUUGAAAAAUAGUUUGCUCAGGACCAAAAGUUCGGCGGUGAAGAAGCAUCGAAAAAAGAAGAAGAAGAUUGUAUCGAGAGUAUUGUAGCUUCAAAUAAAUUCAUUCUAUUUCUUACUA